CUCAUGGCCGGACCUCCCAGCCCGCCACUGACCCGGACCCGGACCAUCGGCCUAAAAUCCGAACGGUCCGUCUAGCUGAGAUGAGCUGACUCCCAGCUGACUCAGCUGAGUGAGCUAGUAGUCCAGCUAGUUGAGCUGACUUCGUAGUGGCUGAGCUGGAGUGAACUCAACCUAGCUUCGUUAAGCUGGUCGAGCUACUUCACCAUCUCGUCAAGCUACCGUCUCACUCGUCUUAGCUGUCUCUUUGCUCUUAUAAGGUUAAGUCUAAGUUUCCUUACGUCCUCAACCUUCUUUCUUGUCCAUGGAACGCUUGCCUUUUUGUCCUAAUGUUGUAGGCACGGGACGGAUGGUCGGAUUGGAUGGACGGACGGAUGGUCGGAUGGCCGUUCCGCGGUUCAGCCUUGGCUCGGAUGGACGGUACCGGCCGGGUCGUCUCUUGUUUGGGAUUGUACCUAAAACAGAUAUGAACUUUUAUGAGUUUUCAAUAGAAACAAGAAGAGAAACCGAGAGACUAAUGGAUGAAUGAUAAAUAAGCAAGAUAUGAUUCUUUUGGGUUUUAUAGAAUGGAUGAAUGAAAUCUAGAACAAAAGAUAGAGAAAAGAGAAGUUUGGCGGAUGGAAUCUGUUGCUGGACGUGUGUCUCUCUCAAUUAUAUGCCAAGGACGGAUGGAAGGAUAGAUAUGGAUCCAGCUCUUGCUGGAUGUAUGUCGCUCUCAAGAUUCGGAGAAGGAAUGGAAUGGAUCGAAGGACUCAACAAAGAACAAUGGAUCGGUUCUUUGAUAUGUCAGAUGGCUGCUCUCAAUGGUUUCAAACAACUGAAAGACUUAGAGCACCAUUAUCCUGGUUUCUCUCAAUGGGUUCUAUGUUAAAUGGGCUAUUUAUUUAAAUCAAAAGGAAAAUUAAAUGGGUGUUACCGAUCCUUAAUUUGGUUAUUUGGGAACCGUUUUGAGAAGGGUUUGUAAAGGCACGUGUCAGCUUCUAAAAAAAACGUUUUAUUUUGUUUUUCUUUUCUUCCUCUCUUCGCGAUCUCCGUCUCUCUUCUCUCUUCUCUCUUCUCUCUUCUCUAUUGAUCUCCGCCGGAGAACGCGUGAAAGCUAUCAGUCCGAUCCGUAACAGAUGAAGCCAUCCUCCGCCUCAAUCUCAUCGCCUCCUUCUCUGAUCUCGGUUCGACCGCAAUCUCCUCGCCUCCUUCUCUCGCUUCCUCUCUGAUUGCAUGCCGGCGACCACUCCAUCUAAGCAAAGGGGAGGUAUGAUGAGGAUUGGAUCGAUCAGACAACAAGAGUCAAAUUUUUAAACUGUUUGGUCUAAACGAUCUUUAAGGCCUUCGUCCAGGUGUUGUGGCUAGGACAUUGUUUCUGUCUUCGCAACCCCAACCUGAGACCAUUAUAGAGGUAAUUUUCCACUGAGUUAGGGUUAAAUGCUUGUCUGAGAUAUUCUUUAUUGCUCUUGUCUGGAAAGUAGUUGACAGAGGUUUAAAUGUUUGUCUGAGUUAGGUUGUGGUUUAGUGUUCAAUCCGCGUGUGAUGAAAGUAGUUGAUAGAGGGUUUAAUGCUUCGUUUAGUGUUGUAUUAGGAGUGUGAGAUAGGUAAUAAAUAUGUUAGAUUCAUGUCAACUCAUGUAAUAAAUCCAUUCUCUUCUCCUAUAUUAAAUCUGAUUCCUUCUAUCUUUAUUUUCAUCUUCUCGAAAGCAUUCUUAUCUUUCUAUUGUCUGCUAACACAUUUCUUCUUUUUUCUCUCUUCUUCGAAAUUUGGCUCUAUGGAUUCAACAAAUCCAUAUACUGAGACCGGCAAUUUUGUUAACCUUCUUACAAGUCAACAAGGUUGUGUCCCUCCUCAAGCCUUUCGUUAUGAUGGUUUCUCGCAUGGUGGGGAGGUCGGAUCACCACAAGUCCCUGUCUAUGGUGAAGAGACACCACCUGAGGGACGAUCGAGGAAGAAAUGGGGUCUCACCGAGGAUGUUGUGCUUAUUAGCGCAUGGUUGAACACCAGCAAGGACCCUGUUGUUGGCAACGAGCAACGAGCUGGUGCUUUCUGGAAGCGGAUAGCUGCUUACUUUGCAGCUAGUCCAAAGGUGCAAGGUGGUGAAAAGCGAGAGUCAAUCCAGUGCAAGCAGAGGUGGCAGAAGAUAAACGAUCUCGUCUCCAAGUUUUCUGGAUCCUAUGAGGCGGCAACAAGACAGAAGACAAGUGGAAUGAAUGAGAACGAUGUAGUUAAGCUGGCACACGAGAUCUUCCACAAUGAUCACAAGUUGAAAUUCAAUCUUCAACAUGCGUGGGAGGAGCUGCGGUUUGACCAGAAAUGGUGUGAAGUAGCUAGUAGUAAGCUUGAUGGAAGCAGGCAGAAACGCAAGUGUGACAAUGGGGCUCAGUCCGAAAGCUCUCACGCAACCCCCAAUGAUGGUGAGCCACGUCCUCCUGGUGUUAAGGCAUCAAAACGAGGCAUUGGUAAGAGAACCAAUGAAGACCUCAAGGAUGUCUCAGAGAUAAAGAGCUUGUGGGCAAUUAAGGAGAAAGAUUUGGAAGUGAAAGAAAGAUUGUCCAGGAUGGGCCUGCUUGAGACUCUCAUUGCCAAAAAAGAGCCUCUCUCUGACUUUGAAGAAGCUUUAAAGACGAAGCUUCUUUCAGAAAUGUUGGGUAAGCUUCUUAACUUCCUAUUUGGCAAGUUCUGCUUCUUACUUAGUGUAGUUCUCAUUGUUUCUGUUUUAUGUUGGUUCUAUUGCUUAUGUUACUCAUUUGCUCUGUAUCAGGCGGCUCAGUGUAGGUCUCGUUGUUGCUCUGUUUCAGGCGGCAACACUUACCGAAGGAGUGGAGCAUUGUGGUCUUCUGGUCUUAUGUGUCACGGACGUGGAAAAGCGGAUGCUGUUUUGUUGUUUUCUUGUGUCAGAGCUUGCUCUGUCGUUGUUGGUUUGUUGUGUCACGGAAGUAGCUACUGUUUUCUUGUUUUGUUGUGUCACGGAAGUAGCUAUUGUUUUCUUGUUUUGUUGUGUCACGGAAGAAGCUUUGUGAUAUGUUUGUUGUUUUGUAGUCUCAUUGUCUUUAAAAUGAGAUACUCUUUGUGACUUUUGUAAUGAAUGUAUUCAGUUCCCCUCUAUCACAUUUCUACUCUCAGUUUUUUUAAACUUCAGCUCGAGAUAAGUCAAAAAUCAUAUUGCCAAACGAGUGUAUUGUGUAUGUGAGUUGCCAAACGAGAGCUACCAAUACAUUGGUCUUCCUACUUGAUAUUGCCAAACGAGAGCCACCAGAAAUCAUAUUGCCAAAGAGAGCUACCAAGCUCAUUUCUUACAUCAGGUAACAACAUAUCAACAUACGGUAAGAGUGGAUCCAACACAUACAUAUUUACGUAUCAGUUACAUAGCAUUUUGUAUGUGAGUUGUUAUCAAGUAUUAAAGUAUUAAAGCUUAUAAAGUAUUAAAGUAUCAAAGCUUAUAAAGUAUUGAAAUAUUAAAGAAAAUGGCAUUGUGUAUGUGAGUUGUUAUCAAACAUAGCAUUUUGCGAUGUUAUCAAACAUAGUAAUUAGACGCUUCUUUAAAAAUUUAGAGUCAGUCGCAUAUUAAUAUGUUAUGCAAUCAUGCUUGAUAUAAUUUAAAAGUUAUUUAAAUGUUUAUUGGUGCAGGUUAAACGUUUAGUCCAUACGCAUGGCAUCUUCUUCUCGUAAUCAUAAUGAUUCUGAUGAUUUUGAUCAAGCUUUUGAUCAAUAUUUUGAUGAACGUUUUGAUCAAACGAUCGAAAAUCUUGUCGUUGCUUAUAGUGGUCAACAAGAAGAGAGGCGGGAAAGGAAAAAACGUGUUUAUAUCGAAAGAAACCGUGAAGCAGGCCAUACACGUUUAUGGAAUGAUUAUUUCAGUGAUACUCCAACGUAUCCUGAAAAUUUAUUCCGACGACGAUUUAGAAUGAACAGGCGAUUGUUCAUGCACAUUGUUGAUCGACUCUCCAACGAAGUUCAUUUUUUUCGCCAAAAGAAAGAUGGUCUUGGAAGGCUUGGGCUCUCUACACUCCAAAAGUGUACCGCAGCUAUUCGUGUCUUGGCAUAUGGUACUGCGGCUGAUACGGUCGACGAAUACCUCCGGCUCGGUGAAACUACAACUCGGGCGUGUGUGGAAAAGUUUGUCGAAGGAAUAAUAAAUUUAUUCGGUGAAGAGUACCUAAGAAGACCAACACCCGCUGAUCUUCAACGUCUGCUUGAUAUUGGUGAGCAGCGUGGAUUUCCCGGGAUGAUAGGAAGCAUCGACUGUAUGCAUUGGGAGUGGAAGAAUUGUCCCACCGCAUGGAAAGGGCAAUAUUCUCGUGGUUCGGGUAAACCAACCAUCGUUUUAGAGGCGGUUGCUUCAUAUGAUCUCUGGAUAUGGCAUGCAUUUUUUGGACCUCCAGGUACUUUAAAUGAUAUUAAUGUUCUUGAUCGCUCACCUGUUUUCGAUGACAUAAUAAACGGUCAAGCUCCACAAGUCACUUACUCCGUCAAUGGAAGAGAGUAUCAUUUGGCUUACUAUCUCACCGAUGGGAUUUACCCGAAAUGGGCAACUUUUAUCCAAUCUAUUCAAAUACCACAAGGUCCGAAAGCAGUUUUAUUCGCUCAACGUCAAGAAGCUGUCCGAAAAGAUGUCGAGCGUGCUUUUGGAGUCUUGCAAGCUCGUUUUGCCAUUGUUAAGAAUCCAGCACUUUUUUGGGAUAAAG